AGAGUAGCAGUUCCAUUACAUUCCGGGCGUGUGUUUUUGAUACAGUCAAACUGUUUUUCUUGGUAGUGACCCUUCAUCCGUGUCCUUGUUGGCAGUGCAGCAGUAGUAUCGACAACUGCAGACAUGAGCACAUUGAAUCAAGAGUACGAUGAGACAGUGCGUCCCUGCAUUGAUCUCAUCGAUAAGCUUCGCUCUCUGGGAGUGGAGCAGGACCUGGCGCUGCCCGCUAUCGCCGUCAUCGGAGACCAAAGCUCGGGGAAGAGCUCUGUGCUGGAGGCGCUCUCCGGAGUGGCGCUGCCCAGAGGAAGCGGCAUUGUGACAAGAUGUCCCUUGGAGCUUAAGAUGAAGAGAACCAAAGAGGGGGUGAAAUGGAAAGGAAGAAUUAAAUACGGGAACUACACUGAAGACAUAAGUAAACCUGCGGAGGUGGAAGGGAAGAUUAGACAAGCUCAAGAGUUAUUGGCUGGGAAGGGCUGUGGAAUCAGUCAUGACCUCAUAAGUCUGGAUAUAGCCUCUCCUGACGUACCAGACCUUACACUUAUCGACCUGCCUGGAAUCGCCCGUGUGGCUGUGAAAGGACAACCAGAAAAUAUUGGAGAACAGAUCAAAUCCUUAAUCAGUAAAUUCAUCACAAAACAAGAGACGAUCAGUUUGGUGGUUGUCCCUUGUAAUGUGGACAUUGCCACGACGGAGGCUUUGAAGAUGGCCCAGGAAGUGGAUCCGGAGAAACAACGUACUUUGGGAAUUUUGACCAAACCAGAUCUGGUGGACAAAGGCACAGAGAGGGAUGUUGUUAAAAUAGUCCAGAACAAGGUGAUCCCUCUAAAGAAAGGCUACAUGAUCGUCAAAUGCAGAGGUCAGAAGGAUAUUAUGGAAAAUAUGUCUCUAAACAAGGCAAUAAAAAUCGAGGAGGCCUUCUUCAGAGACCACCAGAUAUUUAAUUCUCUUUAUUAUGACGGGUGUGCUACAGUUCCAAAACUUGCAAAGAAACUCACUCUGGAGUUAGUGGAGCAUAUUAAGAGAUCUUUGCCUCAACUUGAAGAGCAAAUAAAGAAGAAACUCAUACAGACAAACACAGAGCUGGAGAAGUAUGGUGAUGGACCACCAAGUGAGCCCGCUGACAGGCUCUGUUUUCUGAUUGACAAAGUCACUGCAUUCACUCAUAAAGCCAUCAGCCUCACCUCAGGAGAGGAACUCAACAUAGAAAAGAACAUCUAUUCAUCAUUGAGAAAAGAGUUUGGGUUAUGGAAAGACAUCAUAGAGAGCUCCGGAACAUCAUUCAACUGCAAACUGGAAAGAGAGGUGGCCCAGUAUGACCGAAUGUAUAGAGGAAGAGAACUGCCAGGGUUCAUCAACUACAAGAUGUUUGAGCGAAUGGUUAAAGACCAGAUCAAACUCCUGCAGGAGCCCGCCCUCACCAAGCUCCGACAAGUAGCAGAAAUUGUGAAGAAGGAAAUGAUCAAACUAUCAAUGAACAGUUUUGUUGGAUUUCCAAAUCUAAUGAAAACAGCCAAGCUCAAGAUUGAGACUAUCUUUAAGGACAAAGAGGCUGUAGCAGAGUCCAUGCUGAGGACUCAGUUCAAAAUGGAGCAGCUGGUCUACACACAGGACAGCACAUACAGCAAAAAGCUGGGCAAGCGCAAGAGGACUGAGAAUGUGGAUGUACAAGGAUUUGGACUUCUUCUGGCCAAGAGCAACACAAACAAUAAUGACAACACUGCCAGCCUUAAAGAAAUGAUGACUCAUUUGAAAUCGUAUUACAAAAUUGCUGGGCAGCGACUGGCGGACCAGAUCCCUCUGGUGAUAAAGUUCCAGAUGCUGCAGGAGUCGUCUGCUGAGCUGCAGAGGCAAAUGCUACAGCUGCUCCAGGACAAGGAGGAAAUAGAGGUCCUGCUGAAAGAGGACGGCAGUAUAAGAGACAACAGGGACAAACUACACAGCUGCCUCCAGCGCCUCAACGAUGCUCGUAUCCUCUUGUCUGAGUUUUGAGUACACAUACGUAUAUACAUAUUGUUUUUAAUUAAUGAGCAUAAGAUAGAAUUUAUUGUAUGUCCAAAACAAUCAAACUUUGAUUUAUAUAUUAUUAUAUACACUGUGUGAAAUAUUUCAAGAUAAUGAAAACCCAAAAUUCAGUGUCUUCGGAAAACUGGAAUAUUACUUAAGAUCAGUUUUUUUUUAUAUAUAUUUUAAAUAGAAUGUUAAUUUUUAUGCACUCAACACUUGGUUGGGCCUCCUUUGGCAUAAAUUACUGCAUUAAUGUGCCAUAGCAUGGAGGAGAUCACCCUGUGGCACUGCUCAGGUGUAAUGGAAGCCCAGGUUGCUUGAUAGUGAUCAUCAGGUCAUCUGCAUUGCUGGGUCUGGUGUCUCUCAUCUUCCUCUAAUACACCACUGAUUCUCUAUGGGUUCAGGUCAGACUAGUUUGCAGACCAAUAAAGAACAGUAACACUAUGGUCACUGAGCCAUCUUUUGGUACGCUGAGCUGUGUGGGCAUGCGCCAAGUCCUGCUGGAAAAUUGAAAUCAGCAUUUCCAUAAAGCAUGAAGGAAGAAGGAAGCAUGAAGUGCUGUAAAAAUGUCCCGGUAGAUGGCUGUGUGAACUGUGAACUUCAGAAAACACAGUGGAGCAACACCAGUAGAUGACAUGGCAGCCCAAAUCAAAAAGUGAUGUUCUUAAAUCUGUGUGUGACUGUGUUACAGACAUAAAGAUGUGGCUGGGGCAAAAUUUCUUUCACUUAUAAAUGAGGACAAAACAGAAGGCAUUUUAUAUGGUGAUUCUUCUUUUUCAAAUUUUGGCUGGUUAUCGUCCAAGUUAAAAAUCAACUGUAAGGAAUCUGAGUCACUUUUGAUAACAAUUUUAUGUUUAACAAACACAGUGACAGUGUGGUGAGAUCAACUUUCUAUCAACUACAUCUUUUAUCGAAACUAAACACUUUUUAAAUUGCUCCAGAAUAGACUAUUGUAACGCCCUUUAUGUGGGGUUGUCCCAGUCAGGCCUCAGUCACCUCCAGCUCAUUCAGAACACUGCAGCGUCUUUUUUAAACAUCACUCCCAUACGUCAGCACAUCACCCCAGUCUUCCAGUUCCACUUCCACUUUUUUUUUUUUUUGAGUUGAUUUAAACAUUUGUUUGUUUUUAGCUCUUAAAGACCUUGCUCCCACCUAUUUGACUGAACUCCUGUCUAUCCACAACUCAAAUGGGACUGGUUUUUAACACUCAGUAAUGGACUGACACUUUGCACCAUUUUGCACAAAGUUGUAUUUCAUUGUUUCAUGUUUUGAAUGUUUCUAUAUUGUGUUGGUUUUAUUGGAAAGCAUUUUGGUCACCUUGAGCAUUGAGCUAAAUAAAUUAAGUUUGAUUGACUGAUUGAUUGAUAGGAAACCUUUAUAAGCCUUUCGAGCUAAUUAGCUGAUUAGGAUGUGAUACUAUAACUUCCCAAUAUUCAGCUUUUUCACACUAUUCAAAUUUUCUGAGACUAAGAAUUUUGGGUUUUCAUUAUCUGUAAGCCAUAAUCAUCAAAAUGUCAAGAAAUAAAGAAAUAAAGCCUCA